GCAGUAUUAAUAAAAUAUAUAAAUUACGUGCUUGGUACUAUUGACUAGAAGGAAUCUCGGGAUGGUUUAUUUUUUUGCAUCACCCAAUCAAAUUUAACGUUUGCGAGGAUUUCUAGAUGUAGACAGACGCCACUUCGUAAUCUCUAACAAUAAUACAACAAUCGUACUGAGAAGAACAAAAUUCUUUAAGUAGCUUAAUAGAGUAGACCUUACGCGGUAGAAAACUGUUGUCAGCAGCUAACCCUGUGCAUUGAUGGCUUGUGUAUUUAGGUCAGUGAACCCACGGAUUAUCCUGUAAUGGCGGAAGUACCAGUGACGCAAGACUCAUUGCCGACUUCCGUUGUCAUGGAAGCUAACGCGACCUGGCUUCCGGAUAUGGUGGACAAAAUUGGAUAGACAAAUCUAGGUUGCGUCACCAUGGACGUUGAGUUUCGUCUUAUGUCUUCAUAAUCCCAACCUUUUUUGCAUCUGGCAGGAGCCAUAAAGCACCAAGUGAGUCUGAAAACUUGACCAAGGUUCACUUAUCUCACAUAGAGAUACAGAGAACAGAAAGUCGAAGGUCUGUGAAAAAAAAAUCACUAGCAUUCAGGCCAUGUCAUGGUGACAGAAAACAGCCCUGCUAAGAUCCUGCUGUCAGUACUGCACAAUGGGAGCAACAUAACACCUGCAAUGCCAGGAAAAAGCCUCUCUGGCAAAGCAUCAGUACAAAUGCUUAGUGCCAAUUGCAAGGCAUUGAAGAUUUACCAGAAAGUCCCUGCUCUUAGGCGACCUGCAACUAGUGAUUUUUCAGUGUAUCCAAAAUCCCUUUGGUGUGCGCCAAAACAGUUCAAAAACCUGCCUGUCAUGUACGACCGGAAGGCAUCUACAGACAACAGCAGCACUUGUCUGUUUAUGGGAAACAAACAAAGAGCCAGUACUCAAGGUCCUUAUGGCAUGGAAUCACAAGAAUAUUCUAAAAAGUACACCACAGCCUCAGAAACUAAGGCAGGUCUAAAAAAAGUGACCACAGUCUUCUUGUCGGAGAAGCAAUCGCAGUAUAUGAAGGAUGGUGGGAUAUUAAUGCCAAGUGCUCCACCUGCUACUCCCACUCCAGAACACUUGCAGCAGUUUCACUAUGUGCCAAGUCUGACUGACAUUAAGGCCCAGCGAAUUAUGCGGCAACGUUUGGAUGAAGUGAAGAAGAAGGAGAAAAAGAAAACAGCCAACAAACUGGUUAAUCUUCAACAUGAGAAGAUCUUGUUUCGUGAAAGGCAGAUGGAACAGAAGCAUCAACAACGCCUAGAGAUCUAUGCCCUGAACCACAUUAUGAAGACCUUAGAAAACAAGAGGUUUGAAGACUUUAUGGAUCAGCAAAGUUAUUCCUGAUUUAAAGUUUCUUAGGAGUCAUAAAUGUGCUUCUGUCCCGUCAGCUAUUCAGUCCUGCGAUGUCAACUGCUCAACCCUGAGAUCUCAAGAAUUUAAUCCUGUGAUAUCAGCAGACUGUUCAUAUGAUGCUGAUCUAACUUGAUUGAAUGACUUUUUACAUGUCUCACAUAGAAUCUGUAAUAGCAGUGUGUUUUAGUUUGUGGAGCUCUAUUACUUAUUCAGUGGCAAUAAGUAUGUGUGCUUGUGUGGCCAUGUGCACAUGCUUUAACAACAGAAAGGUAUAUCUUUAAGCUAAGGAUGAGAGUCAGCUUGUCACAAUUGCAAGGUUGUGUGCCUUUUCCUAUAUUGAUCUUACAGCUGGCUUUAAUACCAGCCGCCCUAAUCCCCCUUUGGCUGCUACAGCAGUAGCACGAUGGAUGGUACUAAGGUGAUGUUGGCUGUGUUCCAUGGUUGUGUUUACUAGCCUUGAGCUAGCCAGGUUUAUUAUGUCAAAAAAAGGAGUGUUCGCAAUCAAACGAGACAGAAUGUAACACAUACUAAAACAUGAGUAUGUGUUAGGUGUUAAUGUCAGUUUACAACUGUCACCUAUGAGAUGUAGAAUGAACAUUUUUUUAAAGAAAUAACAAAACUUUGACUUCUCUUUGUGACCUUAUUGCUGCUGAUAUUAAUUGCCUAAAUGUGCAAAUGUGAGUGUGGAGAACAAUUGUGUGUGUGUGUGCAUUUUCACAUGCAUCCAUGUGUGUGCAUGCAUAUAUCUGCAAAUGUACAUACAUGUGCCUGAGUCAGUGGUGGCAUUAUUUUGUUCAUUGCUGCUGUAUGUAAAUUAUUGAGUGUGUGAAACUCUUCUUAAUUCUGAAGUGUUCUUGCUCACAACAAGUACAUUUUUAAGGCUCAAGCUUUGUGUUGACUGCAAACUUUGAAUAAUGAUCUCCAGAACUAUUUGUAACACAUUUUCGCCAUGCUUAAUCCUGUUGGACCUAUGUAAAUUUCAGUCUUUGUCUUGUACAGGAAAUAAUAUGCUCACUGUUUUUA